UUUUUCUUUAUACGUUAUAUAAGUAGUAACUCUUUACCUUCUUUUAGGUUCACUUUGAAAGCAAGCAACAAUGGAGAUCAUCACAAUCAUCUUCCUCACCACCAUCUCUCUCAUCUUCAUCAAACUCAUAUUCUUCUCACCUCCCCACAAACUCCCACCAGGCCCACCUAGUUUCCCUGUGAUCGGAAACAUCAUCUGGCUCAAGAAAAACAGCUUCUCCGACUUCCAAGGCGUUCUCCGCGACUUAGCCUCACGCCACGGACCAAUCAUAACACUCCACGUAGGCUCAAAACCUUCCAUAUGGGUCACCGACAGAAAACUCGCCCACGAAGCUCUCGUCCAGAACGGCGCCGUUUUCUCCGACCGUCCUCUCGCUCUCCCCACGACAAGAGUCAUAACGAGCAACCAGCACGACAUACACUCCUCCGUCUACGGCUCUCUCUGGCGAACCCUCCGCCGGAACCUCACCUCCGAAAUCCUCCAGCCGGCCCGCGUCAAGGCCCAUGGGCCGUCGAGGAAAUGGGCUCUUGAGAUUCUCGUCGAUCUGUUCGAAACGGAGCAGAAAGAGAAAGGCUUUGUCUCCGACGCCUUGGAUCAUCUCCGACACGCUAUGUUCUGUCUGCUGGCUCUGAUGUGUUUCGGGGAGAAGCUGAAGAGAGAAGAGAUCAGAGAGAUCGAAGAGGCUCAGUACCAGAUGCUCAUAAGCUACACCAAGUUCAGCGUCCUCAACAUCUUCCCAACCGUCACCAAGCUCUUGCUCCGGCGAAAGUGGAGAGAGUUUUUAGAACUCCGUAAGUCUCAGGAGAGCGUGUUGCUCAAAUUCGUGAACUCCAGGGGGAAAGAAACAACCGGAGAUGUUCUCUGCUACGUCGACACGCUGCUGAAUCUCGAGAUUCCGACGGAGGAAGACGAAGGGAAGAAGAGGAAGCUGAGUGAGUCGGAGAUCGUGAGCCUCUGCUCGGAGUUUCUGAACGCGGCGACGGACCCCACUGCGACGGCGAUGCAGUGGAUCAUGGCGGUCAUGGUGAAGUAUCCGGAGAUACAGAGGAAGGUGUACGAGGAGAUGAAGAGUGUUUUAGAAGAAGGAGAGGAGAUCAGAGAGGAGGAUUUAGGGAAGCUGAGUUAUCUCAGAGCUGUGAUCUUGGAGAGUUUGAGAAGACACCCUCCUGGUCAUUACUUGUCUUACCAUAAGGUCACUAACGACACCGUUUUGGGCGGUUUCCUCGUUCCCCGCCAAGGUACUAUAAACUUCAUGGUAGGAGAAAUGGGACGUGACCCGAAGGUAUGGGAGGAUCCUUUGACGUUCAAGCCUGAACGAUUUUUAGAGAACGGGGAAGCGCAUGGGUUUGAUAUGACCGGUACUCGUGAGAUCAAGAUGAUGCCGUUUGGAGCGGGACGAAGGAUGUGUCCCGGUUACGGCCUUUCGCUGCUUCACCUUGAAUACUAUGUCGCUAAUUUGGUUUGGAAGUUUGAGUGGAAAUGUGUGGAAGGUGAAGAGGUUGAUAUGUCUGAGAAGCAACAGUUCAUCACAAUGGUCAUGAAAACCCCUUUCAAGGCAAAUAUGUAUCCAAGGAGAAAGUGAUGUUACUUUGGUUUGAAUGUAAAAUAUAUAAUUUGUCUCGUUCACAUAUUAUGUAAGUAUUACUAAAAACUAUAUUAUCACCCUUACCACAA